GGGCUUCUAUGUAGAACAAAAAUCGUCGCGGUGAAGUGCUAAAAUUUUCACACGUAUAAAAAAUGUCGAUUUAAUCAUAAUUUUACCAAUAUUUUCCGUUCAAAUCUUUUAAAAGCGGUGUCUCUUGUUCAAUAACACCAAGUGAAGUUGGAAUCCAAGUUGAAAAAAUAAUUAGUAGUGUUGAUUGAAGUGACAAACAGCUCACCCAGAGGAUCGACCAUGGAUUUCUCGCCGAGUCCAGAGAGUGACAAUUCUGGCUACUAUAGGAACCGGAACCGUCGGGAUUGCGACCGAGACAGGGACAGAGGCGUUCGUGGCCGUUCAAAGGACCGAUACUACAGGAGUCGGCACAGCCGUAGUCGGUCACGAUCCUAUAGCCGAGAGCGGUACAUCAGUGGCAACAACCGUCGAAGUCCCGAGCGGGAUCUGUACCGGGACCUUAUCGAUCAGGACUAUGGGGACAAUUCCUACGAUAACAGGUUCAUCCAAUCGAAUUUAAUAUUAGGCAUUUAUUCAUGUUUUAAUUUUUGUAGGGAUCGGUACCACCAACGGAAUCGCGACAGAGAUCGUCGAUCCAGGGAUCGGGACCGAAGGGAUCACCGCGAAAAGUCUAACAAACGCAACUACUCCCCGGUCGAGCAUCCGGUGGAUUUCGAUGACAACUUCGACAGCGAUAGCAACCAGGAGUUCUUUUACCAGCAGAAGCCUAACAACAAAAUUGUUGUCCGCGGCUUGGCUGCCCACGUCACCGAAGCUGAUAUUUACAGUGAUCUGAUCCAGUGUGGAUUGCAGGCGUUGCAUGUUCGGCUGAUUCGGCGCAAGAAAACAGGUGCAUCAAGAGGUUUCGCAUUUGUCGAGUUCCGCACAGAAGAGGAAGCGACUCGCUGGAUUAGCUACAAACAGGGAAUGCUGAUGCUGGACGAUCAUCGUGCCAUCAUGCAGUACACCUACUCACUGCCGGCUGAGAUGCGUUCCAAACCACAAACCGAUUGGUACUGCGCUAAGUGUGGUGUAUUUAACUUCAAACGGCGUGAGAACUGCUUCAAAUGUUUUGCCUCCCGGGAAGAGAGUGAGAAGGGAGGUGAAGGAAGUGACGAAAUAAGCAAUAUUUUAACCAAGAAGAUCAUGCUCAGAAACUUGGAUGCACUGACAAAUGAAGAAAGCGUAUUGUGUGCAAUGCAGGAGAAGAUUCCGGAAUUAGUUUCGAAGAUUUCCAAGAUUUUAGUCUGUCGGGACCCAUUGACACAAACUUCUAGGGGCAUUUGCUACCUGCACUUUGAUAACUUAAUUGAUUCGAUGAAUUCGUAUAACGCGCUUAAAGCGGUAGCUCCGAUCCUGAAAAUUGACGGUCGAGAGGUACUGAUCUCGUACUGUAUCGAUGCCGAGAAUAGGAAUCUGGUCAAGGGCAAUGGCAAGAACCCGAACAACGGAUCAGGCUUUCAGGAUCCAAACGCUGCUGGUGGAAGCUCUUCGGCAGCGGCUUUUGCCGGAAGCUACCAGUAUACCUUAGCAGAUGUUCCACGGUUGGCCGAAUACAGUGCCGCAGUCUAUGCCUCAAAUCCAACGGAACAUGAACACUACCUACAAUUCUACACCAAUUAUUACAUGACUCAAAUAGCACAGGGCCAGAUGAGCAAUUUUCCAACCGAGGCUCAACUGGGCGAAACGGCUAAUUCCGGUGCCGCAGUAGCUCAAUCAGCUAUGGCUCGGAAGCAGGGAUCUAAAAACAAAACUGAUACAAGCGAUAGUGGACUAAUUGCUCCGCCUCCACCUACUAUCACACAACCACAACCCCUUGAAAUUCCAAACGGAACCGAUGGUAAAAAAUAUCCUCAACCUGAUGUCACUCAAUACCAAUACGAUGAAACAUCCGGAUUUUACUAUGACCCAACUACCGGUCUGUACUACGAUUCCAAUUCUCAGUACUACUACAACAACGAAACUUGCUCAUAUCUUUACUGGGAUAAUGACAAUAGUACAUACGUAGCAGCACCGACGUCCUCGGCAGCUGCCACCGGUACAACCGCACCCACAGCUGAUACCGAAAAAGAUUCCGAUUCAACCUCAUCCGCUGCCAACGGGAAAAAGGAAGAAAAAUCCAAAUCCAAGGAUCAAAACCAAGAUAAGGUGAAGGUGGCCAAAAAAAUUGUCAAAGACAUGGAAAAGUGGGCGAAACAGCUAAACCAGAAGAAGGACUACAAUGUGAUUCAACCUCCGGCAAAAGUGGAAGAAGCCACCUUGUACUCUUCACAUGGGCACAUUUCAACAAGGCCCGCAGAAAGCUCAGGUGGUUAUGCCGACGUAGGAUUUUCGCUUCUAGAAAAGAAACCUACCCAAACAGUUAGCAACUAUCUGAUCACUCAGGCUAAAACUAACGUCAGCAAGGCCGCUGGUCCAGUCGGUAAUCUAGUGUCAACGUACGGUUCCGACUCGGACAAUGAAGUAGACGAUGGCAACGCUUGCGACCGGGAUUACAUCGACCACGAGAAACUCACAUGUUUGCUGUGCAAACGAGGUUUCCAAUCAAUGGAAAUCCUAACGAAGCACAUCAAAAUGUCUGCUCUCCACAAAGAAAACUUACAAAAACUACAGGGCAGCAGUGGUGCUACUGGAAAUAUGGCAAAGGGUUUGUCUUACCGGGAUAGGGCGAAGGAAAGGCGACUGAAGUAUGGAGAAGCCGAUCCACCUCCCGUCAACAAAAGUAAAGAGCGAUUCCAGCGGGAAAUGGAAAAACAAACUCAGGCAGCCUUCUCGGCACCCAACUUGGCGAAUGUACCAAUUGGCCAAAACAACGUGGGCAACAAACUGCUCCAAAAGAUGGGCUGGUCUGAGGGACAAGGUCUGGGUAGGGCCAACCAGGGACGUACUAAUAUUAUUGAGACUGAAGCGCGGGUUGCGAACGCUGGCUUGGGUACCAAAGCUACCUAUCACGGAGCCAGUGGAGACGAUUACAAAACCUACAUUAAAAAAAUGAUGAAAUCGCGGUACGAACAGGCAGACAUGAAGGAUUAGGAUUAGUAUUUAGUUGAUAAGCCGUGUAGGGCUGUGGUUUCUUUUUUAGAAAACUUUCCAGCAUUGUGCGAUGAAAAAUUAACAAAUUUUUAUUGUUAGAUAAUUUAAAGUAUGAACAAUUCUAGAUCAUAGACUUUAAA